AGCCCAGCAAAUACUCCAUUACAGUAGGGUCUUGUGAAAUUUCCCCACCGCAUAAUCAUGGCUAGACUUUUGCCAACCCUAUCCACCCAUUUCAUCUUCUUCCUCUUCACCAUUUCCAUUGCUUCAGCUUUAGCAGAUGAAGAGAGCUUCGUGCGAGCCGCGGACAGGAAGCUUUUGGGGCUUAACAAGAAGGAAAAGCUCAGCCACUUCAAGCUUUAUUGGCACGACAUCGUGGGAGGGCGAAACCCAACGGCGGUCCCCGUGGUCAUGCCAUCGAAGAACUCGUCGACGGCGUUCGGGAUGAUCAGCGUGAUAGACGACCCAUUGACGAUGGGACCUGAAAUGAGCUCGAAAAUGGUGGGGAGAGCACAGGGGUUUUACUCCGCGACGUCUCAGCAGGAAGUUGGGUUGCUGAUGGCCAUGAAUUUCGCUUUCAUGGAAGGGAAAUACAAUGGGAGCACUAUAACGAUACUGGGGAGGAACACUGUGUUCUCGAAAGUGAGGGAGAUGCCGGUGAUCGGAGGGAGUGGACUUUUCCGGUUUGCAAGAGGCUAUGUUCAGGCUAAAACUCAUCGUUUUGAUCCGGCUACCGGGGAUGCUGUUGUUGAGUAUAAUUGUUAUGUCAUGCAUUACUGAUUAGCCUUCCUUUUUCUCCAAGUUUAGGCUUUGUUUUAAUCGUCAGCUUGAAUUAUGUUUUUUUGAUGGAAUAAUUACUUUCUUAA